AUGGCAGCAACAAGUUCACACUCUGCCGAGGAUCUACUUUGUCCUCUAUGCAAUGAGAUUUAUAGCGUUCCUGUUCUCCUAAAUUGUGGCCACAAUAUCUGUAAAGUGUGUUUACAGAAAGACUCGGAAUGGAAAAGAUGCAGAGAAUGUCCUGUGUGUGGUGUCAAGUCUGCUCCUGGGAGGCCUCCUAUCAAUUUGCAGCUAAAGAUAGCUGUAGAUGAAUAUCAAGUGCAGAGGAUCCGCGGGACACCAGAGGUUUGUUGCAUUCACACCGAGAGGCUGAAUAUUUUUUGUCACAACGAUGAAGAGCCCAUCUGUCUCGUCUGCCAAACAUCAAGAAAGCACAAAGUUCACGAGUGCAGCCCGGUGGAAGAAGCAGCACGACAGAGAAAGAAAGAAAUUUCAGCCAUGCUGGAGCCCUUGAAGAAGAAACUCAAAAUGCUGAACAAGAAAAAGGAGCAGUGGGAAGAAACAAAGAACUACAUACAGACCCAGGCUACUCAAUGUGAGAGAGCCAUCAAGGAGGAGUUUGAGAAGCUACAUCUCUUCCUUAAGGAGGAGGAAAACUCCAGACUGAAGGUGCUCAGACAGGAAGAGGAAGUGAAGAAGCAGGUGAUGUGUAAGAAGCUGGGAAACAUCAAGGACCAGAUCAACAGCCUCUCUGCCACCAUCAGUGAUAUAGAGAAAACACUCAGGGUGAAUGAUUUACCUUUUCUACAGGACUACAAGGAAACAAAGAAAAGAGUCAAAAUCAUCGUCCAAGAGCCAGAGUGUAUCAGAGAUAUCUUGGUCAAUUCUGCAAAACAUUUGGGAUUACUGAAGUACAAAGUCUGGAGGAAGAUGGCUGAUGUCAUUAAACACGUUCCUGUCACUCUGGAUCCAAAUACAGCCCAGUCCAACCUGAGGUUCUCUGAAGAGUUGACCUGUGUGCAGUACAGCAAUCAGCAGCUCCUACCUGACAACCCUGAACGAUGCACCAGCCGUGUGUGUGUGCUGGGGGCGACAGGUUUCACGUGGGGGAAGCACAGCUGGACCGUAGAUGUGGGCCAGGGCAAAGACUGGUACAUUGGAGUGGCCCUGGAGUCCAUCAAAAGAAAGACUGCAGUCUUCCUCGACCCUGCAGAGGGAUUCUGGGUGAUAGGCCUGAUGAACGGAGACUCGUACUGGGCUCAGACCUCGUCUCGUAUUAAGCUUGUGUUGAAGCAGAAGCCUGAGAAGAUUACUGUGAAAGUGGACUAUGACAGAGGGAAAGUAGUCUUCAUCAAUGCCACUGACCUGACAACAAUACACACAUUCAUUGAUAGAUUUACAGAGAGGAUUUACCCCUAUUUAUCCCCUGGACUGUAUGAUGAGAUCAAAAACUCCAGCCCACUGAAAAUCUGUCCUCUGAACAUACGGGUGGAGUUGGAAUAGACUCACAUGUGUUAUGGACACAAGAAGAAACAUGCUGUAUAGUUUAAAUAUCAUCAGUGUUUCUCAGGAACUUUAGUAUCUAACUGUCAGAUACUGUAUUAAAUGACAAUACGGACACAUAUUUGAUCAACAAACAAACUUACAAUUCUGACUUAAAAUUGUUUAAUCUUUCAAAACACAUUCUGCAAUUCUGUACAUUCUUUGAGGUUUUUGUUUUUUUAGGUGUUAUUAACUGUCAUCUUUGUUUUUGGGUCUCCUCUGUGACACCAUAUCCUUCAGUUUAGAGUCCAGUUUCCUUUGCAGAUAGGCCUUUUUAUUGGGGUCCAUUGAUUUGUCUUUCUUCCCACUCCCAGCAUACAGAACGCCUUCUUUGCUUAUUCUCAUCCGAGCAUGAGACUUGGCUUUAUCUCCACAGCCGU